CCCACAAAUUUCCCCGACGAUUCGUGAUUUGUGAAAGGGAAUUUGGCAACGUGUGAGGAUUCAUACGGCGUUUUUCCUGAGAACGUUGGAGUGGGCCCGAGCGGAAGCUCGGACAACGGGCCGGGACGGUGUGACGGUAGCGGGGCCCGAAGCUCCCGGGCGGAGAGAGAGCGUAGAAAGUCGGCGGGCGGGCAUUGGCGGACGGCGGUGUGACGUCACGGAAGGCACAGUUAUGAUAACAGCUCCUCGGAAGGAAGAUUCGGAUUGAUCGGGCAGGAUCGGAGCGCGCCGCCGCCGUAGCCGCACAGGCACAGGCCAGGUUCAAGUUCUGGGUCAAUAUACUGAGUCUGCGCCGCGCCGCGACGCGCCGUCCGUGUCCAGCUUGUGUCGUGCAGCAGGUGUUUGUUGUGACUCCCUUUCAGGAAUUACUAUCCCAGCCCAGUCCUCGCCCACCGAAAUGCAGGUUCGAAUGGGUAACAAAAUGGACUUGCUCCUCCAGAGGUGGAAUUUCAUGACGCGAUCUGGCUUAACUCUGCUGACGAUGCUGGUCUGUUGUGCUUCUCAGCUUCAGCCAACCGCGGAGCCAGAAUUCUACUUCUUACAUCCUUGUUCACGAUCAGACCCUCGCAUUAACGACUGCCUGACAUAUGCUGCAAAUAAUCUGGCAAUGCAUUUUAGAAAAGGUAUUCCUGAGCUGGAAAUCACCAACGUCGAACCGAUUGUGAUCGACGAAAUAAACCUCGCCUUAGGGUCAGGACCGGACGGAUACAGAGCUACAUUCAGAGAUAUCGAAGCCUUCGGAGUUAGCAAUCUUACAGUUACCCAAGUCAGGUCUGAUUUGAGCAGUCUUCAGUUCCAGUUAAGUUUUUACAUACCUAAAAUUUCAGCAAAGGCUCGCUACAGGAGUUCCGGCGUGUUGAUAAUGGUGCAGGCGACAGGCGGUGGAGACUAUUGGGGUGAAUACGAGGGUGUAAAAGCGAAAGUGUACUUCAGAGCAUCGGAAUACCAAGCUGAGGGACGGUCUUAUCUACAAGUGGAGGACUUAAAGAUGGAUUUCAGCGUCAAGAGCAUUCAAAUGGGUAUACAAAAUGUUCACAACGGGAACGCUGUUAUAGAGGCUGCUUUGAAUCUCUUCAUUAACUCAAAUGCUCAGGAUCUGUUACGGGAGAUGAAACCGUCCAUUAAAAGAAAGCUUUUGGUGACAAUGAAAGGAUUCAUCGACAAUUUGUUCUCAAGAAUUCCUUACGACAGCUGGAUCGUAGAUUGAGAAAAAUAUGCGAUGAUUACGAAAAAACACAGAUCCAUGGAAAUAGUGCCAAAAAUCUCUGUUAAAAUAAUGAGAAUGACUCGCUUAAAUCUAUUUUUAAACUGAACAUUCUUAAAAUGUAUCAACAUUUUCAUUAAUGGACUUCUCUCUCAAGACCGCGGGUUUUUAUAAAAUUAUAUGUACGUGCGCACGAUCAGAGUUCACUUUUGCUCACCUCCAUGUACUUUCAAUGUUUUUAAUUUUCCUCGAAAAUGACAGGUUCCAAUUUAUUAAUUUUUCGAAAGCAUCGGGUGGUUAAUAGCUUACUGUAACGGUUGAAAAAUGAGAAUUUUGCUCAUCUCUAAAUCCCCGAUUAAAAUAUUCAUUCAUCGUGGAAGAAAAAUUUUGGCAACUGCGCGCUAGUUUUGGAUAAUUUUUUUAAUCAGUUCGAGGGGUGUUGCAUGAUACUAUGCAUGCGCUUGACUUUGAAGCGGAGAAAAAUAUUUCAUCUCAGCAUACUUUUAAACGAUUUUUUCGACCACCGGUAAAAUUUGUUUACAACUUUUAAGGCAAAAUAAAAAUGAAAAUGCCUCACGUAUCUCCAAUGCGGAGUAGAUACCUACACGUCACUUAAUUUAAGUUUAUUUAUUAAUUUAUUGAAGUACUUUUACGUUUUAGGAUAAGGAUUUACACUAGUGCUAUCUCAUCACACGGUUUUUGUUUCUUUUGUUGACACAACUUUAUGCAGGUAUAUGUUUGCAAUUUGACUGAAAUAAAAUUUUGAAAUAAAACAUGAAA